CUGGUACUGCGCGUUUGAUUAUUUGUUUUCUUCUCUUUUCAGGCAGCAGCAAUGGCGCAGGGAGCGAUCAAGAAGGCGAAACCGGCCGCGUCCUCCACCGCCAAAAGGCCGGCGGCUCUCGGACCCAAAAAGGGCGCCCGGGCAAUUGCGCCGAAGAAGGCGGCUCUCGUCAAGCAGAAGAAACUGAGCAAGAAACUCUCCGCCGGUCUAACCGCAAAAAUGGAACAGAACCUUGCUGAGAAAGCCGGCCAUCUGGAGUUGCUCCGUGGAGGCAAGAAGAGUGCCAAAUCCGACAAACGGGCUGAGAAAGGAGCAGGAAACAAGAAAUGAAUCUAGUACGACAGAAGAUAUCAUCGUUGAAGGAGAGGGGGAGGGGGAGGGGGGAGGAAUGUGGCUAGAAGCACCGGGAGAAAUGAAAAUGGUGAGACAAGCAGGCCGGGGGAAGAGAGAAAAAAUCUCCUCUUUCUCUCGCGGACUUCACGCAAAUAGCUGGUUGCAUACUCGUCUGGAUCGAAAUACGUGUCACGGCCAUGGAUUACAACGCUACGGUGGGAUAGAGAAAAGUUGUGGUAUGGGAUGGAAGUACAGUCUCCUUCGGGACAUGGCUUGCCGGGUGCAAACCACGCAUGUCCGGUCGAAAAGAAGGGAGGAGCUAUUGCAGAUGGAUGGGCAUGGAGACGCUUGCAAAACAGAGAGGAGAUGUUGUCAGCAUGCGGGUAAAGCGCUCUUCCUACAGGUUGCAGACCUUCUGCCUGACAUCAAAAGCACCCCAUCAUAGGUGGGCAGUUCGAGAUACCCUUCCCUAUGUUCAUAAGUGUGUUUUUACCAUGAGGAAAGUGUGGGAAAGUUAAGCUACGAAUGAACGGUCUUUUGACCCGGGAAUUUGCUAGCUAAGCGUGACAAGCCGAGAAAGUAUAACGUUACACUUUAAUCCGCCCUAUAGGCAUAGAAAUAUAUGCACGUGUUAAAACAAGG